UCAGCCGAAAACGUUACUCAAGUGUCAGUCGUCGACCGGUCAACACGCGUUUCUUGUGCUCGGUGUGAAACUUUCCGAUUCCGGAUUCCUCCCAUCCCUCUAGUGAAAGCGGCAUCGGAUUUGUUCAGUGUCCUUUUUUGUGGCGACCCGAGAGUUAAUCCAACUGAAAAUGGUCUACAUCGUGAAAGAUGGUGCUGACUUCGACAGCAAGCUGGAAUCGGCCGGCGACAAGCUCGUCGUGGUGGACUUUUUCGCUACCUGGUGCGGCCCCUGCAAGGUGAUCGCCCCCAAGCUGGAGGAGCUCCAGAACAAGUAUGCCGAAAAGGUGCUCUUCGUCAAGGUCGACGUGGACGAGUGCGAAGAUCUGGCCGCCAAGUACGAAAUCUCCAGCAUGCCCACCUUCCUGUACAUCAAAAACAAGAAGGUCGUGGACCAAUUCUCCGGUGCCAACGCCGAAAAGCUGGAGCACUACAUCAAGAGAUUCACCGAGUAAGGUGACCCUAAGGUUUAUCCCUUUCUAUAUUUAAUGCAUUAUAUUUAAAGCAAAAAGAGCACAUACACGAGUAGGCCUUCUCAUAGGGAAAAAAUAUACUUGUUAGGCAACCGAACAACAUUUAACUGAAGUGGGGAGCGUAAUCUGGUUUUGUUAGUUUUCGCAAUAGUUAACUGCUAGUAGCUUAGAAGAUUGUUUUGACUGCCACGUUUAGUAUGUUGUCUCACGCUUAUCGAAUUACCAUAAACGAAGAACCAGUGAGUGUCUGUCAUCUUCUCUGCUACCACACAAACGUCGAUGAUUUGUAAGCCUAUUGCAGUUAUGAUUGAUUUUACCGAACUUCUGACCCGUCUGCUUGCGGGCAGGUGUGUUGUCUUAUCCAUACUGUGCAGUUAGAAGAACGCUUAACGCCGUUCGAAGAUUGAUGCCGUUAGAAUUGUGAAGGAAAUAAACUGCGAGUCCAGUGUUGAAAUUGAAAA